AUGGGCUACUGGACGUCGUUCAAUGAGUAUUGGUUCCAGAAGCAGCUUCACGACAUUCAAUCCGGCGAGGCAACCCCACGCAGCGCUAAGCAGUGGAAGGAGCUCCGUGCCCGGUCCUAUGUCGAGGGUCCGACAGACCCACCCCUCUGCCACCUCACCCUGCCCGCCUACUUUGCCCAAAAGAUCCUCCCACUCCAUGCUGACUGCCCUGCGCUCACAUGUCGCAUCGAAGAGCCCAACACCUUUGGCGGUAGCCCUCAGAAGAGCAACAAAGCAUGUCUCGACUGGACCUUCAGGAAAUUCGAUGACCAUAUCGCGGCCGUCGCACGUGGCCUGCUGGCCAUGAGUGUGAACAAGGGCAACCGAGUAGGUGUCAUCAUGGGCAACAACAGUACCUAUGCGAUGCUUCAGUGGGCCUGUGCUCGUAUCGGUGCCAUCCUUGUCACUCUUAACCCAGCCUAUCGCACUCACGAGCUCAUCGCCACCCUCGGCCUUGUAGGCGUUAAACGCCUCUUCCUGGUCCCCCGCAUACGCUCCAGCGCGUACCUCCAGAACCUUGCCGACGCCUUCCCAUCCCUCGUGUCCUCGUCACCCGGUAACGUGAACAUUGAACGCCUGCCGGAUCUUAAGAACAUCGUUGUCCUGGAUGACCUCGGUGGGGCUCAGGGGGCCGCAGAGAUGGCGCGUGCCAAGAGUGCCAUCGACUUUUGCGAGAUCCUUGUCUGGCGGCACGCUGGCCCCGAACAGCGCAAACUGGAGGCACUCGAGCGCGGGCUGCAACAGCACGAGACUAUAAAUUUGCAAUUUACAAGCGACACCACUGGCGCACCAAAAGCUGUCUCCCUCACACACCACAACCUGCUCAACAACGGCAUCCAGAUCGGGCGCUGCAUGCACCUCACGCCGUCCGACGUCCUCUGUAUGCGCCCCGCCUCACCUCUGCUCCCUCGCACACCCACACUGACGCCCCCUGCCCUCCGCGCGCCAGGCAACGUCCCGCCGCUCUUCCACUGCUUCGGGCUCGUGCUCGGCAACCUCACGGCGUGGAUGCACAGCGCCCGCAUCGUGUACUCCUUGCCUGUGUUCAACGCACAUGCCAUCGUUGACGCGCUCCUCGCGGAGCGCCCGAGCACACUGCACAGUGUGCCGAUGCACUUUCUCGGCAUCCUUGCCGAGGUCGCGGCGCGCAAACGCGAGCUCGGCACGUCGCUCGUGUUUGACCAGCUCAGGGGCGUGCGUCCGUUUGAUGUGGCGUGCUUCCGUGUGUGUGUUGAGCUGAUGGGGAACGCAAGGACAGGCAUCGCGGCCGGCAGCUCGAUUCUGACGCUGCUCAUGCAGACGCUCGUCGAGAAGCUGAACUUGACGGAGCUGACGAUCACGUAUGGCAUGACUGAGACGAGUCUGGUGUCCUUCCAGACCGUGCCAAGUGACCCACUCAUUAUGUGUGUCGAGAGCGUGGGGUGCGUGCAUCCUCACGUGAAGGCGAAAAUUAUUGCGGCGGAUAGAAAACAUGUUAUCGAGGGUGCACACCAGGACAAAAUUGAUGAAAUCAUGCCCAUUGGAAUGCCUGGCAAGCUGCUUGUCUCGGGGUAUCUUCUCCAGGCUGGUUACUGGAAUGACCCCAAGCAGACCGCACAGGUGAUGCGCCGCGACGCAAACAGUACGCUCUGGAUGCACACAGGCAAUGAAGGCGUCAUGGAUGAGGACGGCUACCUCCGAAUCGUCGGACGCAUCAAAGACAUCAUCAUCUGUGGCGGCGAGAACCUCUUUCCGGUGGCGAUCGAGAACGUGCUCACGGCACACGCCGGCAUCCACGAGGCCGCUGUCGUUGCCGUGCCUGACGCGCGCCUCGGCGAGGUCGUCAGUGCGUGGGUCCUCCGCGAGCCCAGUGCGCCCGCGGGCGUGGCGCUCAGCGCGGCGGACAUGAGGCAGGUCGUCGCGCAGGGGAUGAACCUGCAGAACGCGCCAGCGUACAUGUGGUUUGUCAGCGAGCUCCCCGAGGAGGUGCGUUCGCGCGGGGAGGAGAAGGAAAAGAGCGAUGUUGGGGGCGUGCGCAAGUUCAUGGGGCUGCCGAAGACGGCGAGCGGGAAGGUGAUGAAGCAUGUUUUGAGGGCUUGGGCGCGUGAGCUGGCGGAGAAGGGUCUCGGGAGGGUGGGCGCGUAG